GACGGCGUCGGGUGGCGUGAGCGCUGCGGUAGCAGCUGCCGGAAGCUGGCCAAUUAUCAAUCUUUGCGGUCUCAAUGGUUCGUGUCUGUCGUGAGGACGGAGAGCUUGGAUGGUAAAAGUUUUUUGUUCGGAGAGGCCAGCGGCUCAGACCGAUAGAGCCACGCUGGUCGGCCACUGGUCAAGUCACCACUGGACCGGGCCGAUAAUAAACAAGGAACAGCUAUGGUCCUUGCUGGCGUAUAUAUCGAAAUAUCCGCCUUGCAUGCCAGUGCGCUUUUGCUUUUUGCUAGUGUCUUUACAGGCCGCUAGGGCUCCUUCGCGGGGUUGUGGUGGGGGAGCUCCGGGAGGUUGCCUAACGCACAUAUUUAUCAACGCCCCAAAAAGAACGACGCGUUCCCAGACCGCUCGGCGUACUCACGCGGCUUGCGGCACGCGUGGUCGAUGUACACCGGCGGCGGCUGCAGGUCUCCAGAUACCGCCUCAACUACUCGCGACGCCGACGAGCAGCACCCCGGCUUGUUGGCGAAGUGGCGUCGCCACGAUCGAUAGUUCCACCACGGCCCCAGGCUGUAGACGAGGAGCCCGUCGCGCUUUACCGCGUGCAAGAUCUCGUAGGAGAGAACAUUCUGGUCCGCGCCGUUGCUCUCCGCGCUCCCCCGCGUGCCCAGCUUCUUCUCCGAGCCUGUGUGCAAAUCAACCAGUGAGCAGGCGUCGCGUCGAUGGCGUGGAGGACGACGCGGCGAUUCAGGACGAACGCGCCGUAAAUUUGAUUUCCACACAGCUCCGAGCAGUACGCGUGGAUCCAGGCAUGGUAGAGCUUCAUUGUCGCGCGGCUUUUGCGCCAGAGAAUGACGCCCGAGUUGGACUUGUCGUAGGCCGGCGCGCGCCAGGUCCCCUUCGCCGCCGCGGGGCCGCUCGGCACGCUCUCGCGCGCCGGCACGAGCAGCAGGUCGUAGACGUCGAGGAGGCCCAUGCCGCCGCCCGCCCGCAGCUGCGUGUACAGCGUCGCGAGGUCGAAGCACGGCACCGUGUCCGCGUCCAGAAAAAUAUUGUGCCGGAACGGCGCCGCCAUGAUGGCGACCAUCUUCAGGAGCCGCGUCGGCGCGAUACUAUGUGAAUUGCGGCACGGCGCGUCCGGCGCCGUGUACUUGGCCAAGUGGCGCCAGAGCUGCGCGGCGUGCGAGCUGCCGGACGUCACGUCGACGCACUUCCAGGGCGCGCCGCCGCGCAGGCGCUCGCACGUCGCGUGGUCGUCGGCGCUCAGCGUGUGAAUGUGGGCAUAACGCGUCGACAACUGGCGCACGGACUCCGCGGCCAUGAGGACGUUGAGCCGUCCGGUCGCGGCGUAGGUGACGCCGAUGUCGGGCAACGCGUCGACGGCGCACCGCGCCAGGCAAACGAGUGAGAGUAGCCUCA